UCUGGAUGAUGUGCGCAGAAGAAAAUAGGGCGUUGUGGAGACUCCCUCAUUCAUUCGCACAGAAAAGUCUCCGUCUUAAAGACGUAGACGAGCGUAACGUAUCCAUGACAGAGCUGGUAGAAAGACGUUUUUUGACUUGAUCCGAGAGAAGGAGCGGGACAGACCCCAGUGUCCCAGCGCGGAGAGUGUGGGCUCUGCGUAAAGACUCCAAGUGAUACGCUGACAUUUGGCAGAGCUGCUUCUGUCUUUGUGUUGUUGUUAUUUUCAAGUCCUUGGACCUCGUUGAUCGAUCAACCGAUUAGGAAUUUAAUUAAGGGGUGAUUCGAUUCGAUCCCUUUUUUUGUUGUUGUUUGUUUGUUUUAUUGUUGGAAGCUAUGGCCAAGUUGUUCCGUGCUGCUAUAAUGGGUCCACCAGGAUCAGGUAAAGGCACCAUUUCCAAGAGGAUUGCGCAAAGUUUCGGCCUGCAAUAUCUGUCAAGUGGCCACUACCUACGUGAGAGCAUAACGGCAAACACAGAGGCAGGGGUGCUGGUGAAGAGCUACGUGGAGAGAGGCAUGCUGGUGCCUGACCAUGUGAUGACCAGACUGAUGCUGCCCAAACUGGAAGAGCUGGGCGGCCACAGCUGGCUGCUGGACGGUUUCCCCCGCACGCUGUCGCAGGCUCUGGCCCUGAACAACAUGUAUCAGCUCGACUUGGUCAUCAGCCUCAACAUUCCCUAUGAGACUCUGAAGGACAGACUGAGCGACCGCUGGAUUCAUCCAACCAGCGGCAGAGUCUACAACAUGGGCUUCAACCCGCCCCGAGUGCAGGGUAAGGACGACGUCACAGGGGACCCACUGAUUCAGCAUGACGACGACAAGCCCGAAGCUCUGAUGUCCAGACUGAGACACUACAAAGACGUGGCAAAGCCUGUCAUAGACUUAUACAAGUCUCAAGGAAUCCUGCACUCAUUUUCCGGUACAGAGACAGACCGGAUUUGGCCUUAUAUAAACUCUCUCCUCAGCACCAAGAUGCACACGCAGCCGUCAGACGCCCACCAAACGCAGACACCCUGACAGACGCACUGCUAUGACUGCAAAGAAAGAUCGCAGGAAAGUAGAAGGAGAGCGGGGGGGGGGGGGGUUUCCUUCCUCAACUUCCUCAUUAUGAGUGCAGUUUAGCGAAACAGACAGGGGCACUGAUCAGCACGUUUGCGAUUAAAUCACUAGCUGUUUGCUUUUUCAGUCUAAUGGUAGUGUGUAAAUAUUUCCAGAGCUUUAUACUGAAGAUUGUGGCCAAGUCCACGUUAUUGUAGUGACUGUUUCCAGGCAAUAUCACAAUUAAACAUUUGUUUUUACAAAUCAUAGGCACAUAUCAUCAUGUUACUCUUUAUACAUUUGACUUUCUAUUGUGAGUUGUUCCAAUCAACACACUAAAGACCAAAAACCAACAAGUUACGGCGAGCCAGAGCAAUAAGGUAAAACACUACGUGUGAACAGGGCGAUAGAUAUGGCCACAUUUAAAAAUAACAAUAAUAAUUUAGUUAAGUGUUCUGACAUUAUAUGUUUAAAUAGGCAAAUUAUAGCCCACUGUAGCCCGACUCAAUCCUUAUGCGAAUCUGGUAAUGCACCAUUAGUAUUACACUAUGGGGUGUGUUUCCACUGAUACAGUCAUAAAAGUAUCUUUGCAUCACUGUUACUGCCUAAAUGUUUUUAACGUUAGGGCAUAAUGAAAAAAACAAAAAAAAAAAACAAAUGGUUGGGCAAGGAAGUUGUUCUGCUUCCAGAAAAAGCAAAUUAUGAGUUAUUAGGAUUGUGUAACUAAAACUGUCCCUGUGGUAGGAACUUAAAUUAAGAUGUAUGGCCCAAAUUAUGAGAAAAAAAAAUAAUACUCUAUAAUUGUUUUUAUUAUUUAUGGAAACAUUUUUCACCAUAUCAACGUGAAACUUCCCCAGUACUUAAUCUUUUUUGACAUGAUUUUUAAACGUGUAAAUUAUGCAUUUCCCCCAUAGAUGUGGGCUAAUUUGAAUAAAUAUGUAUUUUAUUUGUUUUCUCUCCACCUGUCUGAAAGGAGACACGUCAUAAAAGCAAAAACAGACCGAGAUGCCACAGUUCGUUCCUGCAGCAGCUUGCCUUAAACAUGUGAUGCCAAACUCUGCAAUAAUACUACUGAAAAAAAACAACAUAGGAAGUUAAGAUAAUCUGAUAUCUGAUUAAGAAUAUUUUUUUUUUAUUUUUAUAAAUAACAAUAACAAACACAAUCCUAUUAUUGCCCAUAUAACUGUAUGUGUGGAUGUGAAACUCUUUUAUCGUGUAACAGUUUGUUAGAUCCUGGUGACCUUCUGAAAGUGGAGGAGUUGUAGCUUCCGCUGAGUAGAUUACACACACACACACAAAGAAAAGUCAAAUUCAGCCUGGCCAUGGCCGUUACUGACAUUCACCAGAAGUGCUCUUUGAAAAGCAUCGUUUCCUCAAAAACUACAAACCUAGAAUAACGCACAAAUAAGCCAUCUGCCACACAUGAAACCAUUCCAUGAAGCAGUUCAGCAGUGCUUUUAUAUACUAUAUCCAUCAAACAAUGUGCACUGUAUAAACUGCUAUUCUUCACUUUUAUGCUGCAGUGUGGUGGAAGUUUGUAUGCAAAAAAAAAAAAAAAGAGAGAGAGAGAGAAGUUACUGGAAAAAAACACCCAGUCGUUCUCUAUCACUCUGUGGAAGUUAUGACAGCACACGUCUCCAAUGUUGAUGCAUUUCUUUAAACAUAUUACGAGGUUGCCUUGAGAUCUCAAUCUUAAAAAUGUCACGCUGUUUUGUGUUUGCAGUGUUGGUUGAACUAUGAAAUUCUGCUGGAUAAUAGGUCAUGUUUAAUGAUUCUGGUCAGGUCACAUAUGUUGUUUUUUUUUUUUUUUUAAAUGUAUACUGUACAUCCUCAUUGCUGGGGGAACAAUUAUGUAGAUUUUGCUUUGCAGCUUUUUUUUUUUUUUUGUAACAGCUUAUGUUUCAAUCUUUCAAUUUUGAAACGUGUGCAAUAGACUAACCGAGACCAAAUGCAUUUAAUUUUCAGCUCAGUCAAAGAAGCUUUCACAUAGUUUUUACUAGAAUCACUUUAAUGUUAAAAAAAAACAAAAAAAAAAAAACAAAAAAAACAAAUACAUCAUUUCCAAUAUUCACUAAUUCAGGGUUUGGUCAUAGGGAGCAAAUAAGGUUUAUUUUCCACCAUUUGUUUUACAAAGAUUUUCAUUUUCCUUAUUUGGGGUCUGAGUGUUUGUGUUUUACAUUAUAUUGUGAAGCUUUUAUUUUUUAUUUUUGAGAAGACCAAAGUAGAAGAAACCACGAGAGUAUGUUAGAGUCUAUACAUGUUGAUUUGUUAAAGUUGAACCACGUCUGCAGAAUCUGAAGGGAGCAGCUGGUUUACACUGUGGUUUCUGCUGUGUAGGAUUGUAUUCCUGGAUGCUCUGUGUUGUUUAAAUGAAUGUGGGUGUGGUGUACAAGUGUUAAGUUGUACGUGACCACACCGCCCUGCUGUUGUGUUACGCCGCAGUGAUUUUAGUUGUCCUACUUCAUCCCAUGCUGCCCAAACCUGUUACAUUCCAAACACAAUAAAAAAAUAUUUUCGAACUGCAAAA